AUGAAGCUUUUAACAAGCAACACUCAAAUUAUUGCCACUCAAUCAGCUCGGGCCUUGGGUGCUUUGUCCAUGAACAAAAUCUCUUAUAUUGUAGAAGGGGAUGUGAAGCCUCUUAUCAAAUUAGCCAAAACAUCAUCUUCCAUUGAUGCUGCAGAGACUGUUGUAUCUGCAUUAGCCAAAGUGAAGCGACUCCUCCUGCCAACUAAGCUUUCCGGUAGUACCAAUGAUGGCAAGAAAAUUGCCAAAACCGAUGAUUUCACCAAAUCAAACAUAUUGUCACCGGACCUAAUGUUGUUAGCAAGGGCAGGCGAGGUGAGAUUGCUGGAGAUGAGGGGCUCCAUCGGCUGGGUGACGCUGGAAAGCGUUGGACGGUGGGGCGGGGCUAGACGGAGGUCAGAGGUGGGAGGCGCCAACACCAAGAGAAACGUCGGAGAUGGGAGAAGCUGUCGACGUCGAGAACUUAGAAGAAGAGAAAGGGUUUGUCAAAGUGAGAAGGAGAGAAAGGGAAGUUGA